AUGGACUAUUUUCACAUAUGCCUCGAAAGCGUACGGAGGCUGUCCGUUGGCAAAACGAAGCAUUUGGUGCUGAAAGCUCUGGCGGAUACUCUGGGCGGUUAUUUGCGAGUUUACAUCCUCCCCAUCACAAGGCACUCAUAUUACGCGGGUAACAUCAAGUAUCGUAAUGCGAAGGUGCUGUUCGAUCUUUACGACGAGCUGAAAGUAUUUCUUCGGACCAAUGGCGCUGGUUGGUCAAAUCCUAACAAGAAUUUUACAAGUGUCAGGAUCCCUCCUAUUGUAAUUACACCGCCAAAAACAUCGGUCGCCUGUAACGGGCUUAUCACGUAUUCGUCGUGUAAGUGUGACUUUCAAAAUUGCAAUUCAAAAAGCUACGACAACAAGGCUAUGACAAGCGAAGUUAUAAUACCCCUCCCGUUUCUCGAUAAUGAAGCAGAGCCUAACAGGUAGUUACCGAGUAGUAAUAUCGCGUUGCCCUUCAAAACCGACAGCCUACAAUCAUUGUACUCGGAAAAAUCAGCUUUCGCCCUCGUCAAGUACUACAUCGCUAGCGUGAAAUGCAUCACUUCGCGAUCGAGCACGAAAACGCAAUUGCGAGCAUUCAACAAGGACUUUUACGCCUGGUUGCAACAAUCUGUACGUCGACACUUAGACGAUGAGAAGUGGUAUCCAGCAUUCGGUGGUGUCCUUCGAGUACUGGCUACUUUGCGAGAAACGGGGAAUAACUGGCUACUUUGCGAGAAACGGGUAAUAUUUUAUGACGGUAUUAGAGGCGAUAUUAUGAAGAGUAGAAUAGGUGGUACUUAUCAAGUAUUGCCCAAAGUAGGUAUGGAACGUACGCAAACGGAUGAGAGUGCGUCGUUUUACAAAGGAAAGGGAGAAAAGAAUACGCUUGGACCCACGGAGCUCGUGAUUAUAGCAAUAGUAUCCGUACUGGUGAUAUGGUUGUUGGUGGGUUUGAGCUUAGCGUGCUACAAAUUUCUCACUAAACCUUGCGAAGGCUGUCCACCUUGCGAAUCAAAGACUACACCAUUCGCAGUUCUCUAUGAAAAUUCAGACUAUUGCCAGCCGGAUACGUGCCCCUCGAAGUUGCGUAAGGGCAUAGUUGAAAAAUUGAAGGAAUGGUGGAGAGAUAGAUUUGGACGAUGCCCAGGAGGAUGCCAGGAGUAUGCGGACGAGGAACGUUGCUUGGCUGAAAUCAAUUACAGCAGCAAAGACAUCGUCAGCGAUAGCAGCAAAAUUUACUCGAGAAAGAAAUAUACUAAAUCUACAUCAGCUCCACAAUUAGGAAUAUUCAGAGGUCGCACGGUUUUUAAACAUAGCGUCUGCUAUAGUUCCGAAGGAUCGACCACUUCCGAUAGUCCAACCAGGCUAAGAUAA